AUGGUGAGAGGAUUGUUGAACAAGCUUGUCUCUCGUUCUCUCUCCGUCGCUGGCAAAUGGCAGCACCACCAGCUCCGCCGUCUCAACAUCCACGAGUAUCAGGGAGCCGAGUUAAUGGGCAAAUAUGGAGUCAAUGUCCCGAAAGGUGUGGCUGUUUCUUCUGUUGAGGAAGUCAGAAAGGCUAUUCAGGAUGUUUUUCCUAAUGAAAGUGAGCUGGUGGUUAAGAGCCAAAUUUUGGCUGGUGGGCGAGGUUUGGGAACAUUUAAAUCCGGUCUUAAGGGUGGAGUUCACAUUGUUAAGGCUGAUCAGGUUGAAGAUAUAGCGGGAAAGAUGCUUGGGCAGAUACUUGUUACCAAACAAACUGGUCCACAAGGCAAAAUUGUCAGCAAGGUUUAUCUUUGUGAAAAGUUGUCUCUUGUCAAUGAGAUGUACUUUGCUAUCACUUUGGAUCGUAAUACUGCUGGUCCACUAAUAAUUGGCUGUAGCAAGGGAGGAACUAGCAUUGAAGAUCUUGCUGAGAAAUACCCUGACAUGAUUGUUAAGGUCCCUAUUGAUGUUUUCAAAGGAAUCACAGAUGAAGAUGCUGGUAAGGUUGUAGAUGGUUUGGCACCCAAGGUUGCUGAUAGAAAGGACGCUAUUGAACAAGUGAAGAAAUUGUAUGAACUCUUUUGCAAGUCUGACUGCACAUUACUGGAAAUUAAUCCCCUUGCAGAGACUUCUGGCAAACAGUUGGUAGCUGCUGAUGCUAAGUUGAACUUUGAUGAUAAUGCUGCCUUCCGGCAGAAAGAGAUAUUUGCUAUGCGUGAUCCAUCACAGGAGGAUCCUCGAGAGGUGGCUGCUGCCAAAGCGGAUUUAAAUUACAUAGGCUUAGAUGGUGAAAUUGGUUGCAUGGUGAAUGGUGCUGGAUUAGCUAUGGCUACUAUGGAUAUAAUCAAAUUACAUGGGGGAACUCCUGCCAAUUUUCUAGAUGUAGGUGGGAAUGCUUCUGAAGGGCAGGUGGUUGAGGCAUUCAAAAUAUUAACUUCCGAUGAUAAAGUCAAAGCAAUUUUGGUGAACAUUUUUGGAGGAAUAAUGAAAUGUGAUGUAAUUGCGAGUGGAAUUGUCAAUGCUGCCAAACAGGUUGCCCUAAAAGUACCAGUGGUGGUUCGUCUCGAAGGUACCAAUGUUGACCAGGGAAAGAGAAUACUGAAGGAAAGUGGUAUGACACUAGUAACAGCCGAAGAUCUGGAUGAUGCUGCUGAGAAGGCAGUCAAAUCAAUUGCUAAAUGAGUAAAUCAAAGAUACAAAGCCUGUUGUUCCUAUUCUUCAUAAUUUUUAGAAUUCUUACGAAUUUUGAUGAAAAAAAUCCCAUUGAAUCUUUUUGCGAUGAUAAAGCAGGAGGGAGAAAACAUUCUUCUGCUGCCUUUCAAAAUUGACUGUUCCGUGGUGAAAAGAGUUGUGUUUGUUGGGAUAUUUUAUACCUCAAUCAAAUUCUUCCGAUUAUUUCUGCUAA